AUGUUGCCUAUUUGUUCACGCUCUGCGCUGCUUUGGAGAACUAUACCGAGCAGGGCAUCCUAUAACGUAUUGUCAGGGCUAACUAGACGUAUUCAAGUCAAAUCUCAAUUGCAAUACCGUAUUUUCAGCGCACACGCCAAGAGAGAUUUGGCUACAGUCCCAACUAAACCUCCCAAUAAAAAUGCCUUACUCAAUAUUCCCAAUAUUUUGACUUUAUCUCGAAUAGCUUGUACACCCUUUAUUGGACUUUUCAUUAUAACGAACAAUUUAACCCCAGCACUGGGCCUUUUUGCAUUUUCCAGCAUCACUGAUUUCAUGGAUGGGUAUAUCGCGAGGAGAUACGGCCUCAAAACUGUUGCAGGGACAAUAUUGGACCCGAUCGCGGAUAAACUACUCAUGAUUACCACAACCUUGGCAUUAUCUGUACCAUCGGGCCCUCAGAUUAUACCAGUAUCCAUUGCAGGAAUCAUCCUGGGGAGGGAUUUUUUAUUGGCGAUAAGCGCCUUAUUUGUACGAUAUAGUACUUUGAAGUUGAAAUACCCUGGUCGUGUGAAAUGGAAUUCGUAUUGGGAUUUUAUCCAUUUUCCCAGUGCUGAGGUAGAGCCUUCCCAACUAUCGAAAUGGAACACUUUUUUCCAAAUGAUAUAUCUUGGAACUGGUGUAUUGUUACUUCUAUAUGAAAAGCAAGCAAGCGACGAGGAAACGGAUGAGACCUUUGAGAAGAGAAGAGAACUUUUUCAGAAUGUUUUUACUUAUCUAGGAUAUAUAACCGCAAUGACUACAGUCAUGAGCGGAGCAUCCUAUGCAUUGAAAAGAAAUGCCGUCAAGCUUCUAAAAUAG